CCAAGAUACACUGUGUGAUAUCGAGGUCCGUUUAGCCAAUCACAGGCCUCCCUUACUAUCACGACAUAUAGCAGGCUGUAUAAAGUGUUGUGUUUAGUAGGCAUUGUCCACACAACAACAGCAUAUAUCAACUCACCUUUAUUGCAAAUUUACGGAAAUUGUUUGACUAUGACGUCGCUCUACUUGGCAGUGUUGGUGCUCUGUAUGAGUGCUGUGUAUGCAGCCCCUAUGUUUGACUCUCAGUUGGAGGGCCACUGGCACUUGUGGAAGAACUGGCACAGCAAGAACUACCAUGAGAGAGAGGAGGGCUGGAGGAGGAUGGUUUGGGAGAAGAACCUGAAAAAGAUUGAGAUGCACAACCUGGACCACUCUAUGGGAAAACACUCCUAUCGUCUGGGCAUGAACAACUUUGGUGACAUGACCAACGACGAGUUCAGGCAGCUGAACGGCUACAAGCAGACUACUGAGAGGAAGUACAAGGGCUCUCUGUUCAUGGAGCCCAACUACCUGCAGGCCCCUAAAGCUGUGGACUGGAGAGAGAAGGGCUACGUCACUCCCGUCAAGGACCAGGGCUCAUGUGGGUCUUGCUGGUCGUUCAGUUCCACCGGAGCCAUAGAGGGCCAGCAAUUCAGGAAGACUGGCAAUCUGGUGUCUCUGAGUGAACAGAACCUGAUGGACUGCUCCAGACCCCAGGGCAACGAGGGCUGUAAUGGGGGUCUCAUGGACUUGGCGUUCCAGUAUGUAAAGGACAACGGCGGCCUGGACACAGAGGCGUCCUACCCCUAUGUGGGCAAGGAGGAUUACUUUUGCCACUACCGACCAGAGUUCAGUGCCGUCAAUGAAACCGGCUUUGUGGACAUCCCCAAUGGCAAGGAGCACACUCUGAUGAUGGCUGUGGCGUCUGUUGGCCCAGUCUCUGUCGCCAUCGAUGCCAGCCACGAAUCCUUCCAGUUCUACCAGUCUGGCAUCUAUUAUGAGGAGGAGUGCAGCAGUGAGGAGCUUGACCAUGGAGUUCUGGUGGUGGGUUACGGUUUUGAAGGAGAGGAUGUAGGUGGCAAGAAAUUCUGGAUUGUCAAGAACAGCUGGAGUGAUAAGUGGGGAGACAAAGGCUACAUCUACAUGGCCAAAGACAGGAAGAACCACUGUGGCAUCGCCACGGCAGCCAGCUACCCACUAGUCUAGUGUUCUACAACCUGAAGGUUCUAGUACACUAGACCUUAGUUUUAGAAACAUUUGAUGAAAGAUCUGGAAAACGGGUCAUGGUUACAGUGCUGCCUUAAUUAAAUACAUCCGUGAAAGGUGCAUGAGAACCUGCUGCUUGGGUUUUAAAGAAGCACAUUUAGGGAAUUUAUGAAAUUCUACCCAUUUUUGUUUUAUACAUUUUUAUGUCUAUGCAUCUUGAGCCAAGUGAAUGUUACAGGUGUAACUUGUGUACAUUCCUAAUUUUCUGCUUUUACAACUGUUUUGUACAUCAGCAAAAUAAACAUUUUUAAAAUGGA